AUUCAAACACUUAAACACUUAGGAAACAUUCGAAUGAUCAACUUCCACCAAUCUUGUGUUCUCUUCUGUUUAAAAUGAUGUUUAUGAAAUAAUAAGACCUGCUGUUGACCAACUGUCCACAAUUGCUUGUCUAGUUAACAAUGUUGGUAUGUUGUUACCCUUCGAGUUGUUUGCUGGAGAAGUUGAUUCACCGAAUGAAGAAUCAAUUAGAAAUAUCAUUCAUUGUAACAUUUUGUCUACAGUAACAAUGACAAACAUCAUUCUGCCGAAAAUGUUAACACAGAAAGGACCAAAUCCUGGUAUCAUAAACAUUGGAUCUUAUUCCGGUUUGAAAGUGUAUCCGCAUGCUACAUUGUACUCUUCAACCAAAGCAUCUAUUAUUCAAUUUUCCAGAUGUUUGGCUGCAGAAAAGUAUCAAAAGAAUGUAAUUAUACAAACGAUUUGUCCAUUAUGUGUAUCUACAAAUAUGACCAAUUUUAUGAAAACCACAUAUUUCAUACCAAAUGCUAAAGUCUUUGCUAAAAGUGCAUUGGAUAUGUUUGGUGUUGAACAACAAACUACUGGUUAUUUUCGACAUGAUUUACAAGCAUAUCUUUACGAUUUGUUACCGGCAAUAAUUUCUAAACAACUCAUGAAACUAAAAGCCAAUUCACAACGAAAUAAAGCUUGAAAUAUUUACCUAAAAUCUGCAAAUGAUCUUAUUAUUCUGUGAGAAUCUGUUGCCCAUCAUCAUCAUCAUCAUCUCAAUAUCUAAUCCAUUUCAAACUAAACAGUAAUUGAUUUAGCAUCUUAGUUUCUUUUGUUCUAAAUUGUAAAACACGUAUUUAUUUGACAAUAUAUUUAGUUCAAUUAGUC